AUGGGGGUAACGCUCUACUCUCUGACAGACGAGGACGUGUUGGACACCUGGUUUUCUUCAGCCAUUUUCCCAUUUGCAGCUUUGGGCUGGCCUCAUCCGACUGAUGACCUCAGGGAGUUCUAUCCGGGGUCAGUGUUGGAGACAGGAAGUGACCUCAUCUUCUUCUGGGUGGCGCGAAUGGUCAUGUUUGGACAGGAACUGACCGGCCAACUUCCCUUCCCCCAGGUUCUGUUUCACUCGAUGGUGAGAGAUUCUCAUGGACGAAAAAUGAGCAAAUCCCUGGGAAAUGUCAUCGAUCCACUGGACGUGAUCAACGGAGCCUCGGCUCAGUAUCUACACCAGAAGCUGGGAUCGAUCCUGUUGGACGCCCGGGAGAUGCGAGUGGCUGAGGAGGGGCAGAAACGAGAUUUUCCGUAUGGAAUCCCAGAGUGUGGGACGGAUGCCCUGAGGUUCUCCCUGUGCUCCACCCCCUCCCAGGACACUGACCUGAGACUCGACGUUGCUGCUGUUUUAGCUGCUCGGCAUUUCUGUAACAAAGUCUGGAACUCGGUGAAGUUUACACUGAGCUCUGUGACCCCUGACUUCCAACCACGACCCCCGAGAGAGAUCCGGCCACUCUCUGCUAUUGACCGGUGGGUGUGUAGUCGGCUACACGUCGCUGUGACCCUCAGUGACCGCGGUUUCCACAGUAAUGACCUCUCGACCGUCACCAGAGCCGUCCACAGCUUCUGGCUCCACGAUCUGUGUGAUGUCUACCUGGAGUGUGUGAAGCCGGUGCUAAGAGCAGCCGCAGACGGAGACCCAGACGGCAGUCAGGCGAACACUGUCAGGCAGAUCCUCGUGGCCUGUACAGACCAGGGCUUGCGGCUGCUCUCCCCGUUUAUGCCAUUUCUCACCGAGGAAUUGUGGCAGCGAUUACCUUCCUCACCUUCAUCAUCACCCCCAGCCCCCAGUGUCUGUGUGUCUGCGUUUCCUCAGCUCAGCUCCCUGCCUGGGUGUCACAGUGAACGUGAAGAGAAGGAUUUCCGUCAGGUUCAGGACGUGGUGAAGGUUGUGAGGAAUCUCAGAGCAGAUUAUCAUCUGACAACUGGACGUCCUGAGGUGUAUAUCCGCUGCUCAGACAGUGUCCGUCGCUCUCUAUCCCAGUUCCUGGAGCCUCUCUGUGUGCUGUCACGAUCAGCGAGUGUCAGAUUCCUGUCCCCGGGGUCGGUCCCCCCCUCACACAGCGUGUCAGCUCCUGUCAGUGAUCAGUGCACAGUGUACCUCCAGGGCCUCUCCGACCCUCGGGUGGAAACACAGACCCUGGUGAGGAAACGUCAGCGUCUCCAACAGCAGCUCCACCGUCUGCUCAACGUCACCACGGCAACAGCCUACCAACAGAAGGUUCCGGAAAACGUCCGCCAGCAACACACCGAGAAAAUCCGAUGUCUUCGUAUCCGAUGUCUUCGUGCGGAGUUGUUGGGUGUUGAUCAGCGUCUCUCAGCCUCAGGCUCCAUCCCUGACAGCAGCAACACAGCCUGA